UCUUCAUGGAUUUAUUGUGUCGUUAAAUUCCUGUCGCUUUAUUGGCCCUUUUCUGCGAUUCUGCCAUCCGGUCUACUAUUGCAGAACACGGUGCUUGUAUUUCAUUAAGAAAUCGAUAGGUGAGCUGUCCGCUUAUAGUAGUAUUCACUAUUCGUAAAACGUAACCUUAAGCGAGUGAGAGAUGAAAUGAAAUCAAGACACUUUUUCAGAAAUGGAAACCUAAAGAAAAAAUCGAAUUUACUGUCAUAAUGGAACCAUUACUUAUGAGCAAGGUUCUUCGGGCCCCUAAUUUAAAAAGGGGCCAAGAAAAUAUUAGGAUACAAGACAGAAUUAAGCUAGAACGUGUACUGGGUGUAACCGUUUCCAGCAAUGCAGCCCUCGAUUGUGAUGUGACCAGCGAAUUGGUUGCUUAUCCAGCCGGUUGCACUGUCGUACUAUUUAACCCACGACGAAACAGUCAAGCACAUGUAUUAAAUGUUUGCCGGAAGACUGUGACUUCCCUGGCGCUGGCCGGGGACGGUAAAUUCUUGGUCACUGGCGAAUGCGGUCAUAUGCCGAACGUCCGUGUCUGGGAUAUUUCUGAUCCGCAAAAUGCUGUGCAGAUCGCGGAAUUUUCGGGACACAAGUAUGGCAUCAACUGCGUGGCAUUCUCACCCAACAUUAAAUACGUUGUAUCAGUCGGUUCGCAGCACGAUAUGAUUGUCAACGUUUGGGACUGGCGAAAUGAUGUUAAAGUAGCAUCCAAUAAAGUUUCGAGCAAAGUGAAAGCUGUCUGCUUCGCAGAAAAUGGCAAUUAUUUUGUUACCGUGGGUAAUAGGCACGUUAAGUUUUGGUACUUGGAAUAUUCACGAAGCGCUAAGUAUAAAGAACCCGUACCUUUGAUGGGUCGAUCUGCUAUAUUAGGAGAACAGAGGAACAAUGAUUUUGUUGAUGUAGCCUGCGGUAGGGGAGAAAUGACGGAUUCUACAUACGCAAUAACCAAAACAGGCUUGCUGUGCGAAUUUAAUAAUAGAAGACUUUUGGAUAAAUGGGUCGAGCUUCGAACAAGUAGUGCCAAUUGUAUGGCGAUUGGAGAUAAAUAUAUUUUUAUUGGAUGCGCUGAAGGUAUUGUAAGAUGCUUUAGUCCUAGCACACUUCAAUUUAUUACUACACUACCGAGAACACAUUACUUGGGAGUCGAUGUCGCACAAGGAUUAUCCAUCAGCCAUAUGUCUCAACAUCCGUCUAACGCAAAAUAUCCGGAUGCGAUUGCGUUGGCAUUCGAUGAGCGAAAUAACAAGCUGACUUGCGUAUAUAACGACCACAGCAUCUACGUUUGGGAUGUGAGAGACAUCAAACGGGUUGGAAAAUCACACUCGUUCCUAUACCAUUCAGCUUGCAUCUGGGGUGUUGAGAUGUAUCCGGUUGAUACAGAUUCCAUCGGUGCGAUGCCGCCUGGAAGUUUCAUUACUUGCUCUAGCGACGAUACAAUAAGGGUCUGGAAUCUAGAGAAGGACAAUUUACCGAAUGAUACCUUAUACAAACGGAAUAUUUAUAGCAACGAAUUGCUCAAGGUGUUGUACAUAGAUUCAGAAUUGACUUAUCUAAAGGAUCUGGACUUAGCCGCGGCAGGAUCCACUGAUAGAAGCGAUACAUCUUACGACAGUCGUAACGGUGUGAGAUCAAUAAGGGUCGCUCCUGAUGGCAAGCACCUCGCUUCUGGCGAUAGAUCCGGCAACAUCAGAAUUUACGAUGUUUCUUCGUUGGAAGAACUAUGUCUAAUAGAAGCACACGAUGCCGAGGUGCUAUGUCUAGAAUAUUCCAAGUUCUCACGACAUUCACUAAACACCCCUAGACUAUUGGCAAGUGCAUCUCGCGAUAGAUUGAUUCACGUUUUCAGCGUUGAUCAGGGAUAUAAUUUCCUGCAGACACUUGAUGAUCAUAGUUCUUCCAUUACUGCAGUCAGGUUUUUUAAUCAAUUGAGUCAGGGUAAUCAAAUACAGAUGGUAUCCUGCGGCGCAGAUAAAAGUAUAAUUUUUAGACAAUUGCAAUCGACAUCAAGUGGAAUGCCACAAUUUGCUAGAGGCCGCAACGCUCAGGGAAAAACUACCUUAUAUGACAUGGAAGUCGAUUCCGGACAGAAACAUGUGCUAACUGCCUGUCAAGAUAGGAAUAUUCGCGUUUACAAUGUUACUACGGGUAAACACAGCAAGACGUUUAAAGGUUCCGUUAGUGAUGAUGGUUCACUAAUUAAAAUUGUUCUAGAUGCGUCCGGUAUUUAUGUAGCUACCUCAUGUACAGACAAAACGUUAUGCGUGUACGAUUAUUAUAGCGGUGAAUGUAUGGCUACUAUGGUUGGUCACUCAGAAUUGGUAACAGGUUUACGCUUCAGUCCAGAUUGUCGUCAUCUUGUGUCUGCAAGCGGCGACGGCUGUGUAUUCGUAUGGCGUGUUCCACAUGAUAUGGUCGUAACUAUGCAGGCUCGUCUAGCCCAACAAGCAAUGCGCGCCGGCAAAAGACCGCUCCAAGUCAAUGGUGGUGGAAUCGACGUGCGGUUAGAUAAUGAAAUUUUCGGUUCACCUCCAUCGGAUUUUCUCGAUCCCAAUGCAAAUCCGACGCUCCAGAGUGUAGAUUAUAGAUUUAGCGUUGGUCAGUUGCCAUUAUGGGCAAAGAAGCAAAUGAAUACCGCGAGUAUUGAUGAUAGUGCAACACUAAGUUCAAGUGUCAGAUCUCUUGGUGUUGAUCUGCCAAAGGGACGAUGGGCGCAAAGAGUUCAACAGGGCGACGGUAUCACUGUAAAGUCCGUCUAUGACAGUGAUGAAGUUAUACCAUUUCCUCCGUCGCGCAGUGCCAUUGAUUCGGAUGGUGGUGAUGGUGGUGGCUCGAAGGACAGCUCCAUCGAUAGCGGCACAGAGACAAAAUGUAGCAGCGAUUAUCGUCGAGAAACAUUAAUUAGUAAAACGGAAGAAGAGGAGAAUGUAUUUCAAUCUUGUCCUAAAAGUUAUAGAGAGAUAGAAAAUGAAACAAAGCAGAUAAUUGGCAAUAAGGUGACAGUAAGAAGUAAUAAUAUUACGGAAUUGACACGUCAAUCGAGGAGUCGUCAUCAUACCGACGAUAGCAGUCUUGGCAGCUUUAAAUUUGAGGAUCAUGAAAGCACUGAACAUGAUGGGGAUGUUGAAGAUUAUUCCGAAGGGGAAAAUGGAACGACUGGUUCUGAAAAGUCACACCAUAGAUUAAUGUAUUAUCCUCCACCAGAAGAUAUUGUGUCAAAUCAAUUUACUGUUAAUGCGAUGGAUGUUGAAGAGCUCCGAAGAUCACAAAGGCGUCAAAGAAAAUUGAAAAACAUAGAGAAUGGUCGGACGAGCGAAAUGACUGCAUCUGGCAGUCAGGACGAAUCUGAUUCAGAAGGCGGAGCAUCGACUCCUAGCGCUGAGAGAAAUCCAUUAUCUAUGUUAUCCGAAGCUAGCUCGGAGGGUUUUGAUCAGCUUGCUAAACAAAAUCACAGAGAAAAAUAUCUGAAAAAUGCCUUCGAAUCGCUUAGUGGUGCGGAGGAGCCACCAAAUCGUGUAAAAGCAACAAGUAUUAGCUCUCAGUUUCAUGGAAGACUUAGUGGUGAAAGUAAUACCACUACCAAAAUACGUAAUGCAGCAGUGGUUAAUGUAACAAAACAUACAAAAGGUAACGAUGAUGUUGUGAAGAAACGGGAAGAGUUGCAGAGAAGGAUAGAAGAAACCAGAAGAAAAUUACAAAGUGUCGGUUAUAGAUCGUUACUGAAAUCCAGCCAAAGCAUAUCCGAUUUAAGCAGUCAUGUACAGGAAAAGCAUCGUCGUUCAAAUAGGCUCAGCACAGGUAAUAAAUCUGGUCAGCAAAACCAAUUUGCAAAACCGAUUAAUCCUUGCAAACCUAUACUAAAUCCAAAGCCCACGUUUAAAUCCCAGCAAUCCAUUAACAAGGUUCAAGGUAUGGGGAAUGCAUUACCUAAGCUAGAGAUACCAAAUGAAAACCGCUUGUCGAAAAGUCCAACUAUGUUGUGCAUCAAUGAGAAAGCAAAAACAACUCUUAACCGUCCAUUAACGUUGAUAUUAAAAAAAACUGAAAAGUAUAAACUGUCCUUGAAUAAAGCUAAUCAAUCUUUGCCCGAGUCUCCUGUAUGUGAGGAAUCAAAACUAUUGAAAGAACAGUGUAAGAAGAACAUAAGUCGAUUUGCAAGAUUUGCUCAUAAGAGAGGAUCUUGUAGUUAUUUUAUCGGUCUGAAUGAUUAUGAGAAGGAUAUCGAGAGUGUUGCGAAAUCUUUCGAAAGCUUACCUGCUAUGAAGGAACGUAAUAUGGAGAAUCUCAAGGAGAUCAUUGAUAAUGCUGACGAGGGAAGUGGCAAUUUUAGUGAUGAUUCAUUGGAAGAAGAUUUUAAGAAUCCACCUCGACGUUGCGUCAGUGAUUAUCAGAUAAACGUUCAUAUGAAUGACUGCGGAAGUUAUUCGAAUUAUGAGAAUAUCCAGAAAAAAAUUUUAACUGGUUCUCAAGAAAGCAUACUUUCGAAUGCCUCCGUUGAGUCAUUCUCUAAAGGAAGCGCUGAAAUCUUGGAUUAUAAUCAUUAUGAUUACGAUAGACACUCGAGUGCGAGUUUCUUUUUGUCUCGACGUAAAAUGCAGGAAGGGAGAAGUCAAGAGAGCAUAUUAACUGAUGAGUCGGACUAUCAGAUGUUUCCGUUGCGCGAGAACGCUGAUCAUCAAAGUACAGAAAGCGUGUUAACUGAUGACUCGGAUUCCUUAGUGAAAUCUGCACCCCUGGAAAUGUUGUUUGACUCACAUUAUAAGCGAAAAAGACAAAAUUCUGAAACCUAUAGCGGAAACCCUAAUAACAUUGUAGAGACCAUUACGGAUAAUGCACAAAGCUCUCCUAAUAAGAACACAUCAUACAGAGCGGUGUUUAGAUCGAAAUCUUUGCAAGAUACUAGAAUCAACAAAGCGAGGAAUAAUACAAAUUUUGCAGAAGAUAACGCAUCAUUAAAAACUCACGUUUACUGUGAAUUUAAUUUUGAUAACGAACACAAGAAUAAUGUGGAUACGACAGUUUGCAGUGGUUCAGAAACUAUUUCGCAUAGCAAUAGUCUGCAAGUGCCUACGAAACUAGAAUCGAUGAUGAUCUUGAAUGAUAUUGUUACACACAAACCACCGAAACCUAAGAGAAAUUCGUCUCGUACUCAAAGUAUGCGUAAUAGAGCUAGACCAAUCUGGAAAUGUAUUGAUACUCCGCCUUCAUCGCCUGCUUUAAAAAGUGAUUCCGACAAUUACAUGGUUCCUUCCAUGAGUUCAACUUGUUCCACAUAUGGUAUUACGCAGGACGAUAUGAAAAUUAAGCAAGAUUCGAUCGAUUCGAAAGUAAUGCAACAAUUCUUGCAUUCUGCGAAUUGUACGCUACAAUCUGACGAUAAUAAACAGAGCGGAAGUGAAUUUUACAGUCUACAAACUUGUACCGAUAAAAAUGAUAUUUCGCAGGAUGAACAGAUAUAUGUCAGAAACGACUCCUCAUGUUUAACAAAAAAUCAUCACGUAAAAAAGAUUCAUGAUUCGAGGAAGGAAUUGUGCACAUCUUACGAUAAGGAACAAAUAAAUUUAUUUGAAAAUGACGUUCCAACAAAAAAUAUGUAUGAAGCUUACGACUCACUAGAACCAAGUGAAGUUUCCUGCGACCUGCAAAGAGAGGAGCUGUCGCUCGAUAGUUCGAAUUUACAAUCUACUAAUGAACAUAUCAACAAUCUUGAUGCGAGCGUGAAUUUUAAGAUAACUCGUGCAAUCGAAGGAACUGUGAAAUUACUUUCGAAGGAAUUCGAAAAUCUAAUGAGGCAGAAGCAAUACUUGACGAAGGAGAAAUAUUUGCAAUUGACGCACGGUCAGGAGACGAGCAAAAACUUUGCUAAAUUGGAGGCCGAGCGGGAUGGUAGAUUUUACGCAAUCAAACGCAAUAAUGUACGGCUACAUUCGUGUGGCGAAGACAGUGAUUGCGCUGAUGUGUCAGCGAUGGAUAGAUCACUAAUGGAAAGUGGCUCUUCCACAUCCGCCUCAAGUUGUACUAAUUCGCCUAAGAGAAUGUGGCCGCCUGCGUCGCGAUGUUCGAGUCACACAAAGUGGACGAAAACUCUACCGACGAUCGAUCAAACGAUACUUUCCACGAAGCAUCCUUAUGCAGUUGGCAGUAGUGAGGGGCGAAUCUCGUUAAAAAUUAUUGACAACGAAGAAGAAAGUGGCAUGAGACGUGCCUGUUCGUUGAGUGAUCUUUCCAUCAGUCCUUCAAAUAGGUUAUUGCAUGGCCCUUUACAAGUUUCAGGAAAAUUAGGAAAUAAAAAUAUAAGUGCAGCGAAAUUGGGAAGUGUCAAUCCUAGCAGCCAAUUCAGAUAUAUGUCAGGAAAAAAUCACUCGACUCACAUAACAAGAAGCAGCAGUGUUGGUGUUUUAAACCAAAGUGAUUCUGAAUCGGACGCUGGUAUAACAGGAGGAAGUAGAGGCUGGGGCGGUCACUCUAGCACCAACAGCAGAACAAGUGGUUUGAUGAGACCAACGAUUAGUUCUCAAAAUAAAAUCAAUCAUCAAAAUAAAUUGACUUCUUCUGGUAACAAUAUUUCAUCAAUCUUGAGAAGACGAGGAAUGCAAGGAGCUUUCUCAAUUGUUAAUCUAAGUCAAGCAGGAAAUCAAGAAGAUUCCAGUUCAGAGGAUACUUCAUCGAAUGGAAAUGGAGGAAAACCGGCACUACCACCAAGACCUAGAAGUAUCAGUAUUGAUCAUUCCUCUGUUAGCUUAAGUCUACCUGGUACAACGGUAAGAAGAUCUGGAUCAGCAAUCAUCACGAAUGGUCGGAGUGGUAUUAGCACAAUCGGACAAGACGGAAGUAGGAUAUCUGCGGCAAGUAAAAAUCAGUUGGAGCCUAGUCCACACGAACUACCAGUUAAAGAUACCGAUCGUGCUAUCGAUGUAACUAAUGUUAAAUUAGACAUGGAUAAAAUAGUGUCCACACAACUAUGCAAUACGAUUGCAGACGAGCUUACACGCACUGCGGACAAUGUCGUGCAAUUGUACAAACGUUUGACGAUAGACAAUGACCCAUCUACAGGAGCGAUCGACCGAGAUACAAUGCUACGAGGAUUGGAAUCGUCCGUUAAUGAAACUAUGCGUACUCUACGACUGGUUGUUGCUGGUGGUGAGAAUGACAAUGACGGAAGUAGUGAGAACGCCAUCACUAAUGAAGCGACGGCAAAGUUUCAAGAAUUACUCGCGGGUCAGGAUCAGAGCAAGGUAGUCAAUAUGAUGCAACAAUAUUCCGAACUGCUCUUAACCAUGAUGCAACAGAAGAUGGGAGGGACUCAAUCAAAUCAUACAUAAAUUAAUCCGUCCAUCUGAAUUGGAAAAGAUAAACAUGAAUGCCAUCGUAUUUAACAUACCGAUAUAUUCAGAUAAGAAGAAUAUAUCUCGCAGUAGUCUGUUUUCAAGCAUUAUAUUAUUCGUAAUUCAUUUUCUUUAAUUUGAGAAUUUAAGGCUCUUGAGUAGUCGCCGUGGCCAUACUG